UGUAUUUACCCAUGAAGCGAUUAUAGAAGGAACGAGGCUGAGCUCAUGUUCACUUUGUCCAUGUCCCGGAAGUGUGAGUCAGUUUUAAAUGAUUCUAACUCUAUAGUUGUGUGUGACCUGUGGUGUUUGGAAGCAGCAAGGUCAGCUGAUCAGUCUCAUUUCCAGGUUCAAGAUUUGUGUCAUUCCUCCAGCACAUGUCAGCUUAGUGCAGAGUUAGUUUGGGAAAUAUUUGCUUCUUCAGAUAGGAGAGAUGCAGGAUCAUAUUAAUUAUUAAAGUUUGAAUAAGUCCAGAGGUUGAAAUUCACAAUAUGGGCUCUAACUUUAUAUCUAAAGCCAGAAUAUGCUUUAAACCCCUGAAGCCUUUCCUCACCAUAAAGCCUCCACAGCUGCCUCCCUCUGCCCGCUUCCUGUGCACCAGACCCACUGACUCCAACUCAGGUGGCAGAGGGAGCAGCAGACAGACUGAUGGACACGGUGGAGCAAAGAAUAAGACCGUCAGACACAGACAAAGGGGAUUGUGGGAAGACUCAGGGGAUGGAGGAGGUAACAGCUCCACUGUGAGGCAGAAGCCGUUCUUCCCCAAAUCUGUAUUUUCUGCUGGGACGUCGAAGAGGACGACAGAGAUGCUGAAGAGAAGGGCCGGGGUGUCCUCGGAGGAGCCUGAGGAGGAGCCUGAAGCCAGGGCACCACGAGCAGGAAAGCUGCAACCUCCUGACCGUCCACUUUCUACUGCCGAGUGGAAGAGGCUCAAGGAGUCUCUGGGAAAUUGGGAACGCUUUGACAUCAAGAUGAUUCGUGUGCUGUUCACCUCCGGGGCAGAGCUGGGUAUCGCCAAGUCACUGCUGACUUUUGAAGCCUUGGAAACAGGGACGCUGUCCUAUGAGCUGCUACUACAGUACCUCUCACUGUGUGUGAAAGGUGGCCAUGACGACGAGGUGUUUGAUGUCUAUGACAUCAUGCGGGGAACUUUCCCUUCUCUGGAAACAGGAGCCACCAGCCUCUUUAUCAAGUCUUUCAGCCGCACAGCGAGGUGGAGGGAGGCUCUCAGCAUCCUGCAUGACGUUAAGAAGGUGUUUACCCCAUCACCACGCAACUAUGGUGAUGUCAUUGCAGCAGCAAUGUUGCACGGGGACAUGACCACGGCCUGGGCUCUUUACGACGAGUUGAUUGAAAAGGGACUGAGCCCACACCAGGAGACCUGGGAGGCUCUGUUUAACGGGAUGGGGAACAAUAAGGAGGUGGAAGCAGAAGGGAUGCCUCAGUCUGAACAUGAGGAGAGGCUGCUGGGAGUUCUUCUUUGCAUGAGGAACGACCAGAUCUACCCCCAGAGCAGCCUCGCCAGCAGCAUCAAGACCUGGUUUCAGAGUCUCACAGGACAGAAAUGGACAGGAAGUUGGACCAGCCCCAACCCAAAGGGUCUGUGUAGGUGCUGUGGAUCAGAGUUGGAGUCCAUCCAGCUGACCACUGAGGAGUACCAUCAGCUGAAAGACAGAGUGAUGACUGACAUCAUUCAGGGACGAGAUGUUUUUAACAAGACUACACCAGAGGAGCUGGAGAAUUUCAAAGCGUUUGUGAAGAGGAAGCCAGCUUUUGAUGUGGUGGUAGAUGGGCUGAACAUAGCAAAUGUCAACAAGGACAAAAGCAAGCAGUCAGCGACGUUGUUGGCAGUGGUGUCAGAGCUGGAGCGCCAGGGCCUGAGCGUCCUCGUGCUGGGGAGGAAACACAUGCUGCAGCCCUCCAGAUCCUGGGAUAAACACAACAUGCGCCUCAUCCAGCAAAAAGCUCAUUGCUUUUUCACUGACAACAUUUCAGAGGACGACCCCUUCUUGCUGUACGCUGCCUUGCAUUCUGGGAAUCACUGUCGGUUUGUGAGCAGGGACCUGAUGAGGGACCACAAGGCCUGCCUGCCCGACGGCGCCACCAGACGACUCUUCUUCAAGUGGCAGAGAGGUCACCAGAUGGUGGUGGAUGGAUGCGUUCCAGAAGGCAAGAGGGUCCGAUUUCAGAGUAUUCCCAGCUAUGACACCAUCGUGCAGACUGUAGGAGACUCAUGGCACAUUCCCUUUGACAGCACAGAGGACAGGACCACCUAUGAAGUACCACAGCGAUGGCUUUGCCUCACACAAAAACACUGAUAACUUGCAUUGAUCUCACAGCACAACAUCGUGGUGGUAAAUGCUCUGAAUAUGACAGUGGACCUUUCAAUAAAACAUU